AUGCCGCAGCCACGUCUGAUUCUGCGCAAAGGCCGCGAACAGCGCCAAUUGCAAGGCCACCCGUGGGUCUAUGAGGGUGAAAUUGCCCGCGUCAAAGGCACGCCGCGCGACGGCGGGGUGGCGGACUGCCACAGCCACGAUGACGUGUUCCUUGGGCGCGGCUACUUCAACAGCCGCUCCAAGAUUCGCCUGCGGGUGCUCACCCGCCACAUUGCCGAGGAUAUUGACGACGCGCUGCUGCGCCGACGCCUUGUGACCGCCUUGGGGCGCCGACGGCGGCUGUACCCGGAGGCGACCAGUUUGCGGCUGGUGCACUCUGAAGGGGACGGACUGCCGGGGCUGACGGUGGACCGCUACGGGCCAGCUUUGGUGCUGCAAUAUGCUUCGAUGGGCCUUGACCGGCGCCGGGAAACCAUCGAGCGAUUGUUGCAGGAACUGACCGGCCUCGAUCGCCUCUAUGCGCGCAACGAUCUGGCGCCGCGGCGCCUCGACGGCUUGGAGUUGGGCAAGGGGUUUGUCGCGGCGCCGUUCGAGACCACCGUGUCCAUAGAGAUGCAUCAGGUGACCCUCGAAGUCGACGUGGCCGGCGGGCAUAAGACGGGGUUCUACCUGGAUCAGGCCGAUAACUACCUCGCCUUGGGCGCUCUCGCUCCCACCGCUGGCACGGUGCUGGACGCCUUCUGCUACACCGGCGCCUUCAGCCUGCACGCCGCGGCGGCCGGAGCAGGGGAGGUGCUGGGCGUGGACAGCUCGACGCCGACCCUGGAACAGGCGCGGCGUAAUGCCGAAUUGAAUGGCCUCGGUGACCGCUGCCAGUUCGAGAGCGGCAACGUGUUCAACCGCCUGAGGCACCUGCAGCGGCAGGGACGGCGGUUCGACGUCGUGGUGCUCGACCCGCCCGCCUUCACCCAUCAGCGCGGCGCCGUUGACAAAGCCCUCGACGGCUACAAGGAAAUCAACCUGCAGGCCCUCAAGCUGCUGCGCCAGGGGGGCGUUCUGCUGACCUUUUCGUGCUCGCACCACAUCUCGCGGGAACGCUUCGAGGCGAUGGUGCAGGAGGCUGCCCGGGAUGCCCGCCGGCAGCUCAUCGUGCGGCAGCGUCUGGGCCAGGCGGCGCACCAUCCGGAGGUCAUGGCCAUCCCCGAAACGAGCUACCUCAAAGGGUUCGCCGUCGAGUCGUGGGUGAGGCCGAUUGAUCCGCCCGCGGCGGAUUGUGUAUAG